AAGGUUCAUUCCCGUGAGAAAGAUGCUUCAUCUCUGCAGAAGCUAUUGUCAAACGGCUUGGGAACCCAAUCAAAUUCUGGAAUUGGAGCCACGUUUAUCGAAUUUCCCCAGGCUCUAUCAUCAAACCCAUCUUUUAUAGGGCGUGGCAAAGUGAGAACAUGAGUGCAAGUAGCUUGGUUGCAGAGGCAGUUUGGAAGGCCAUUGAAUCAACUGGUUCAGUGACCGAUGAUCAGCUCUCCAUCUUGCAUUUCUUGUUCGGCAAGAACUUGGAGAGGGCAACAAGGAUAGUGGAUCAAAGAGGUGUCAAGAGGGUUUUGGGUGAGCCCAGUGGACGUUCCAUCUUUCAGGUCGUAGGAGAAUCCCGGAGGAAGGAGGAGUACUUCUGUUUUGCUGAGCACUAUUGUGCUUGUUAUUCAUUCUUCUAUGACAUUGUAAACAGAGGAGAGCAGCUUUGUUGUAAGCAUCAACUAGCUGCAAGGCUUGCUUCAUCAUUGGGAGCAUGCAUUGAAGUUAAGGUGUCUGAUGAACAGUUGGCUCUACUGCUUUCUAAACUCUGACAUACGUGGAUGGCCGAAAUUUAGACUUAGGAGUUGAAGAGUACCGCAAGAGCAGGUCACAUGAUCUGAAUUUUAACAUAAUCAGUGGAAGAAAUAUAGAGGUAGUGCCUCCAAUAUAGGUUAUGGAAAUGUUGAUGGACUAGUUUCUAAACAUUGCAUGUAUUCUGUGCUUGGAACUGCUACCAGCAUGAUCUGGAAUGGCCUCAUUCUGCUUCUUAUUGAAGCAUUUACUUUAUAAAACCUUCUUGGUUCGUUUGCAUUUUGUGAAUUCCCCAACUUUCCCUACUAGCCAUCUAGAAAACAGUUGUCAUGUUUCAGAAAUGUCUCUUCCCUUUAAUUAUUUGUUUAUGUCAUGUCUCCAGGAACUGCUCAUGAGAUGCAGGUGGUGAUGAUAUUGUAGACAAGUUUGUAAUUCAGACCCUCCAUGUGGUUCUUUGGGGAAAUCAUAUAGCAUUUGCUAAUCAUCUUUCACAUCACAUUUUCCAUUUUGUUGUAGAAAGUGGUUGAUUGUAUAUGUGAAUCAGUAAAAUCCCCAUUUGCUGCUUUUGUGAA